UCAUCAGGUACCGGAUCGUUUGGCUCGACAGCAGGCACCGGGUCAUCUGGCGCUGUAUCGUCUGGCUCGACAGUGGGCAUCGGGUCACCAGGCAUGACAGCGGGCACUGGGUCAUCAGGCAUUGGAUCGUCUGGCUCGACAGCGGGCAUCGGGUCACCAGGCAUGACAGCGGGCACUGGGUCAUCAGGCAUUGGAUUGUCUGGCUCGACAGCGGGCAUCGAGUCACCAGGUAUGACAGCGGGCACUGGGUCACCAGGCAUCAGGUCAUUUGGCUCACCAGCGGGCACCGCGUCAUCUGGCAAGGCAGUGGGCACCGAGUCACCAGGCACGACAGUGGGCUCUGAAUCAAUUGGCACGACAGCGGGCACCGGGUCAUCAGGUACCGGAUCGUUUGGCUCCACAGCGGGCAUCGGGCCACCAGGCAUGACAGCGGGCACUGGGUCAUCAGGCAUUGGAUCGUCUGGCUCGACAGCGGGCAUCGGGUCACCAGGCUGGAUCAGUUCAUCAGGCUGGGUACAGACAUCAGGCUGGGUAGAGACAUCAGGCUGAAGUGCGGGUGCCGAGGCACCAGGC